GGGUGAGGUAAGGCAGGGCGGCGCAGAACCUCCGGAGCGGACCACAGGCUCCAGCUCACUUUGCCCAGCAGUCGCCUGGUAUCCGGGGCCCAACACCAACAUCCUCCUACUGCCAGAGGGUAGUGACAAGCGACAAGUGCAAAACCAACGUCCUCGAUCGAAUGUGAAGGCAGUGCGUGUGUGUGGUACUUCCCCCGCCCCGCCCAAGUGCGCCGGUAGGUCAGGAUGGCGCCGCUGCUGAUGGCCGCCGUCGCGGUGCUCACGGCCGCCGCCCUGGUGGCGCCCGUCGGCGGGGACCCGCUCGUGUUCGAGGACAACGGGCGGAGGGUGGAGCCCGCAGGAGGUCGCGCCCCCGCCGACCUGGCGCGCCCGGCCCAGCAGCUGCCGCCCGCCUACAACACCGUCACGCCGCUGCCGCCACCCGCCACGGACACCGACGGGCGGGGCCUGCACAAGAAGAAGAAAAAGAAGAAGAAGGUCAUCUGCGGCAUCGCGAACCUGAUCGCCGGACGCGACGCGGCCGGCGGGGCCCAGGACGCGGCCGCCGCGCACCGCUCGGCCCGCGCCGUCCCCGGCGAGGGCAGCCCGGGUCAGCAGGGGCUGUACCCGCCCCAGGGCGACGGGCGCAGCUACGGCUCGGGGCUCGGCGUCGCCGGCUUCCUGCUCGGCACCUUCGUGGGCUCCAAGCUCGGCUACGGCUACGCGCAGCACGGCCAGCAGUACCCGCAGGUGUCGCACCCGCAGGUGCCCCAGGCGCCGCACCCGCCCACGCAGACCCAGACGCAGGUGCAGGGCCCGCUGCAGCCCUUCAUCCCGGCCGUGCCCGUCAUCCCCGUGCGCCCGGUGGUCCCGGUCGACCCGGCCCCCGUCCACGAGGACUACGACGACACGGAACAGGACGACGAGGGCCUGCUGGGCGGCAUCGCGGCCUACAGCGGCGGCGGCUCCAGCCUGUGCGACCAGCUCCAGAACCGGCCCGAGCCCGGGCCCCUGGACUCGCACUUCCCGCUGCUCGCCGGCAUCCUCAACGGCGGGGGCGGCCAGCAGCAGAGGCCCUACCGGCCGCCGCCGCGCCCGCAGUACUACGGCCCCGCCGCCUACCACCGCCCGCCGCAGGGCCUGGGCCAGGGCGGCCUGCUGUACUCGUACGUCAAGCCCUGGACGGACCUCUUCUUCAAGAGGAGGUGAUCGGAGGGCGAGUCGCGUGCGAGUGGUGGUGCGUCGCGGACCUUUCACGCCGGAAGAAGCCCAGCCCCCCCCCCCUCCCUUUUUGGAGUUUGCCAAACAGUUCAAAAAGAAAUUAAGAACACAUUUUGUUAUUUUUAUUUUUAAUGCACGAGCAGUGUUUUAUGGGCAGCUUGGUGAGGUCAGGUGAUGCGGGGCGAGCGCGCGGGCGGGUCCGGCCAAGCACCCGGCCCAGUCGCGGUUGCACACCGUGCGCCUCCGCCUCCUACGCCCAGCGGCCGCCCGCCCAGCCCCGCCACGCCCCGCCUCACCGAAAAAUGCUGGCACGGCGUCGCUUUUGCUUGCCUCACCGCUUGGAUCGGUCAGGGAUUUUGCAAAAGCAAAAGUGAUCGCCGAGACAACGGCGCCGGCCGCGCGCCGGUCUGGUCUCUGGACAACAAACGGAGACGCUCAGCCAGUGUGGGAGUGCGUCGCACCAGCAUUUCGAUCCUACUCACAUCUCGCCCGCAAAA